UCCAGCUCCAGAGGCGGCCGGGCCGGCAGCAAGGCCCCAAGCCCGCGCCCCGCCUCGGCCUCUCCGGCCGGCAGCGCUUUGUUUCCGCCACCUCGCCGCGAUCCGGCGGCCAAACCCACCCGGAUUCGCGUCGGUCCGCCGAGCUGGUUGCCCGAAAGGGAAGCCGUCCGUUUCCUUCUCUCUCCCGGUUAGUUAUAGCUUGCGUCGCGCCGCGAAAUCCAGCCCCGCCCGUCUCUCCUCUUCCCUCGAACGAGUCGAGCCGGGCUAUGUAGCUUGCGCGCCCGCGCUUGCCCUCGUUGUUGCCCGCGGCGAGACGCGAGAGGAGGAGGCGGCAAUGGGGGGAGCGGAGGGGCCGGGCCACCCGAACGGCCACGCGAACGGGGCCGUGGUGGAGGAGAAGCUGGACGAGCUGCGGCGGCAACUGGGGAAGGCGGACGGGGACCCGCUCCGGAUCGUCGGCGUCGGGGCGGGCGCCUGGGGCAGCGUCUUCUGCGCGCUGCUGCAGGACGCGUACGGCCACCUCCGCGACAAGGCGCAGGUCCGCAUCUGGCGCCGCCCCGGCCGCGCCGUCGACCGCGCCACCGCCGAGCACCUCUUCGAGGUCAUCAACGCGCGCGAGGACGUCCUGCGGCGCCUGAUCCGCCGCUGCGCCUACCUCAAGUACGUCGAGGCGCGCCUGGGGGACCGCACGCUCUACGCCGACGAGAUACUCAGGGAUGGCUUCUGCCUCAACAUGAUCGACACGCCGCUCUGCCCGCUCAAGGUCGUCACCAACCUGCAGGAGGCCGUCUGGGACGCCGACAUUGUCGUCAACGGCCUGCCCUCCACAGACACCAGGGAGGUCUUCGGGGAGAUUGGGAGGUACUGGAAGGAGAGGAUUACUGCCCCCAUCAUCAUCUCGCUGGCCAAGGGGAUAGAGGCCUCCCUGGAUCCACUGCCACGGAUCAUAACUCCCACGCAGAUGAUUAGCAAUGCAACUGGGGUUCCUCUGGAGAACAUUCUAUAUCUUGGUGGCCCAAAUAUCGCCUCUGAAAUUUACAACAAAGAGUAUGCAAAUGCGCGUAUUUGUGGAGCUGACAAAUGGAGGAAACCUCUUGCGAAGUUCCUGAGGCAGCCUCAUUUUAUUGUGUGGGAUAAUAGUGACCUCAUCACCCAUGAGGUUAUGGGAGGCUUAAAAAAUGUAUAUGCUAUUGGCGCUGGUAUGGUAGCAGCACUAACCAAUGAGAGUGCAACGAGCAAAUCUGUUUACUUUGCACUUUGCACAUCUGAGAUGAUCUACAUCACACACCUUCUGGAAGAAGAACCUGAAAAACUUGCCGGACCGUUAUUAGCAGACACUUAUGUCACAUUGUUGAAAGGUCGUAAUGCCUGGUAUGGGCAGAAGUUAGCUAAAGGGGAAUUGACAUUAGAAAUGGGUGACAGCAUAAAAGGCAAAGGGACCAUUCAGGGUGUCUCUGCAGUUGAUGCAUUUUAUGAGCUUCUUAGUCAGGAUAGCUUAAGUGUGAUGCAUCCAGAAGCCAACAAAUCUGUUGCGCCGGUUGAGAUGUGCCCAAUUUUAAAAGCGCUACAUAGAAUUUUGAUCAAAAGGGACCGUCCUGCUGAUUCGAUUCUUCAGGCUAUAAGAGAUGAGACAAUGUAUGAUCCACGUGAAAGAAUCGAGAUGGCACAAGGUCACUCACUUUACCGACCAUCUCUUCUUGGUCAACCAAAAGGAGAUGUAAAAGCCUAGAAUUAUUUUCCCCACUUUGUCUUAUUGGUUAGAAUUUAGAUGAUCUUCUAAGAUCUCUAUGUCACUAUGUGCUCUUACGCACGCUAUUCCUGUUGUUGUAACAUUAGUGAAAUCUGAGAGGAUAAUAUUGAGCUCGUUAAGUACUCAGAUUGAUGUGUUUCAAGCCGCGCUUGUGUAUAUAACAUGUCUGGUGAUUCAAUGACAAUAAGAUUUGUGUUUUACAAUGGGACACAGACGCA